CCUUCCAGCCGCACGUCUGGCGUCUUCCUCAGCGGAGUUGGCUUCUCCCCGGGCAUCUUUGAGCCGAGUGAGUCCCGCCAGCCUCUUUCCAGCCUGCCUGCCUCACUGGGAGUGGCGACAAGAGUGCAUCUUGGAAUCCAGUUUCUAAAAACAAGUGUGUAUUACUGCUGUCACCUGUCGUGUUUUGUAAAGUGCCGCUGGCAUUCAGAGCUUGCAUAUUCAGUGUUUGACCUCUCACAUCAGGCUGGAAGAGAAUGGCUGUGCUUAAUCAGACCUCUGUCUUGGAUAUGAUUAAAGAGUUUAGAAGGAAUUGGCAUGCUCUUUGUAACUCUGAAAGAACUACUUUAUGUGGUGCAGACUCCAUGCUUUUGGCAUUACAGCUUUCCAUGGCAGAGAACAACAAACAGUAUGAUGGAGAAUUUACAGUCUCUCUCAGUGAUGUCUUACUGACAUGGAAAUACUUACUUCAUGAGAAACUGAACUUACCUGUUGAUAAUAUGGAAGUGGUUGACCAUUAUGAAGACAUUAAGAAGACUUACAGUGAUUUCUUGAAGAAUAGUAAUAUGUUAGAUCUGAUCGACAUUUAUAAAAAAUGUAGAGUUUUAACUGCUAAUUGUGAAAAUAAUGACAUGAUAUCUCCUAUUGAACUACGGGAUUUUCUGUCUGGCAAAAGUUAUGCAAUAGCUGAUGGAACUAAUGUUUACGAACCCACAUCACCAAUGAAACUCAAGCAGGAGAAUGGAAAGGUACAGCUACUAGCAAGGAAAAUUGUCUUUUCAUAUUUAAACUUGCUAGUGAAUUCAAAGAAUGACCUGGCUCUGGCUCACAUUCUGAAUAUUCCUGAUAGAGGACUUGGAAAAGAAGCCUUCACUGACUUGAAACAUGCUGCUCAGGAGAAACAGAUGUCUAUGUUUUUGGUGGCCACAUCGUUUAUUAGAACAAUAGAACUUGGAGGGAAAGGAUAUGCACCAUCAUCAUCUGAUCCUUUAAGGACCCAUAUAAAGGGAUUGUCUAAUUUUAUUAAUUUCAUUGACAAAUUAGAUGAGAUUCUUGGAGAAGUACCAAAUCCAAGCAUUGCAGGGGGUCAGAUACUAUCAGUGAUAAAGAUGAAGCUGAUUAAAGGCCUGAGCAGUGGGAAUCCUUUCUGUAAAGCAGUUGAGGAAGUUGUUGAGGAAUUGGACUUAAGGAUUAAAAAUAUUAUCAGUUCUCAACAAAGCGGUGUUGCUGUUAGCACCUCAGACAUCAGUCCUGCUCGGCCAAAAUCAUAUGCCAUAAACCAUGGUACUGCAUACAGUGGUAGAGAUACCGUGAAAACUUUGUUAGUUCUUUUGGAUGAAGAAGCAGCCAGUGCUCCUACUAGUAACAAAGCAGAGCUCUUAUAUGAUGAUGAAAAUACAAUUUAUCACAGUGGAACUUCUAUUCUUACACUUUUUAGAUCUCCCACACAAGUGAAGGUUAAUUCAUCCAUGAAACCCCUAAGAGAACGCAUCCAUAAGUCAAUGCAAGAAGAAAGAAUUAAGAUGAAGCAACCCUUAAUUAGAUCACAGUUUGCUUGUACUUACAAAGAUGACUACAUGAUAAGCAAGGAUAAAUGGAAUAAUGCCAAUUCUGCAUCAAAGCCUUUGCGUGUUCUUCAUGAGGAAAAUGACCUUUGUGAGGGCAUAUAUUCAUCUAUUGGAAGAUCAACAAUGAAAAUAAGCUCUGGAAAUACUCAACUGGACAGAAAUAAAAACAACCAAAUAUUAAGAAAAGCAAGUAGUCAGGAAGGAAAUAAAUGCUCCAAAAGGAAGCAGGUGGACUUGGAUGAUGAAAAUAUUGUCUGUGAUAAUGGAAAUGAACUACCUCAACAUAAAAAUCUUAAAACACUUAAGACAUUGAACGAGCCACAGAAUAAAUUGAGUAGCAAACCAGCUCACACAGCAAAAGGAGGCAAUAACUUUACUGCCAAGAACAAACUGAUUGCUGGCCAGACAAAGUUAACUCAGUUUUUCAGACUAUGA